AUGGGACAAAUGUCAAAAAUUGGAGAUCUGAUCGAGAGGAACACGAUGCUUCAGGAGAGAUUCAGGGUCAUGGAGCGGGUGGGACAAGGCGGAUUUGGGCAGGUAAGGUUUUUGCCUAUCUUUUUACUGAUUUUGCAAAUUUUUUUUUCCAAAAAAAUGUUUUUCGUAGUUUAGGUGUACCGUGGGAUCGACUUGCAGCGGGCCGGAGACCCAGUGGCCAUCAAGACGGAGAUGAGAAUGCAUCGAUACGCUCAGCAUGACCCCAGAAGAUUGAUCAUCGAAAAGGAUGUGCUGGUCCGAUUGAGGGGAAAAGUAAGGAUUUCUGGCGAUUCAAACAUCCGUAUUCGACCUUUUAAUUUUAAUCUCCAGCUCUUUCGAUAGGCGAAAUUAAGAUUUAUCGACAUUUUUUUUGCUUUUAAAUAGAAGGAGAAUUGCCAUGGAUAAUAUAGAAAACUGUCAAAAUGAACAGUUUCUUGUCAGAAUUGUAAAAUACGCUGUUUCCGGUCUAGGGCUGUGUUUGCGAAACAUCUUUUAUUAGAAAAGUUGCAUUUAUUUUAUCAAUUUUCCACCCAGACUUCCAGUUCCUCAAGGAUAAUAUAAUUGAUCUCUUGAAGGGUCAAAAUAAGACUUUAGUAGUCUAAAUUUAAUAUCAAUCAAUUCCACAGCCCCAGAAUUUUCCGUAUUUUCCAUUUCUGGACUUCUAGCGACAUCAUGGGCGGAAUGCCAAGAUUUAAAAAUUUGGCGGGAAUUUGAAUUUUUAAAUUCAAAAAAGCUAGGUUAAUAAUUAAAUCGGUAGAAAAUAAAGAGUAGAUUAAUUAUAGAAGCUAAACAAGGUUUUCAGCGCCAUAUUCCGAACGUUUACGCCUCCGGAAAGUGCGAAAAUGGCUGUCCUUAUGUUGUGAUGCAGUUCCUCGGAAAUAACUUGGAUUCUUUGCGAUGUUCCCGCGAAACUCGACGAUUCAGCAUGAGCACAACGAUCAGAGCCUCUCAGCAAGUAUGAUUUUAGAAUUUUUUUUGAAUAUUUUUUCAAAUUUUUUAUAAAUUUUUUCGUAUUUUAGGUUCUCAUGGGUCUGGAAUAUCUGCAUCGCCAAGGAUUCGUCCAUCGCGAUAUGAAGCCGGGGAAUACGUGCAUUGGGAAGAAGGAUCCAAGGACCGUCUAUAUCAUUGAUUUUGGUGGGUAAAAUACGACUUCUCUGUUGAAGACAAAAUAUUCGAAUGCUAAAAUGAAAAAAAAAAUUCAUUUUUUUAAAUGAAAAAUUUUUGGAUUUAUAGCAAGUUUUUAUAAAAUUUUCCCUAUUUUCAGGUAUGUGCCGUCGCUUCUACUACCCGGAAAAGGGUGUGUGGCGCAAGCCCCGUACCAGGGCCCAUUUCCGCGGGACGUAUCGCUACGCCUCGGUCCGCACCCAUUUGAAAAAGGAGACGGGCCCAGCGGACGACCUGGAGUCCUGGAUCUAUUCGUUUGUGGAGAUGGGCGUCAAGUCGGUGCCGUGGUGCAAUUCCGGGGAAGAAGAGACAACUGUAAGUUUUGUGGCCAAAUUGAAAAAUACGAUAACGUCAUUUUUUCCGCAUCCCGACUUUUCGGGUCGAAGACGGUUCGCGUCAAUACAAAAUCGAUCGAUACGGGGCGUAGGGCAGGUGGAGACCCAAAAAAUACAGUAGGAGCUGCCUACGAGGCCUGGCGAAACUGCUGGAUAGUCGGCGGAGACUUGGCGAAGAGUUGCAAUAUGCCCGCUUUUUCAAUCUUAGCUAUUACAAUACUCACGUUAGUUUUCUCUACCCUGGGUUAUUGUGACUUAUAAAAGACCUAAAUUGGCGGCAAAGAACAAAGAUCUGUAACUUUUAUCUAGAUAUUAUUGAUAUGAGUACAUGUAAAGUACCUCAAAAUAGGCGAUAAACUAUCCUAGGGCCCGAUAAUCUUAUUAUUUCUACUAACUAAGCUUUCUCCUAGCCUCAACCAUGCUCACAACAACUAAACGACGCAUAGUAUCGCUGACCCGAAAAUUCGUAGCGCUUCUCCAACUUUCUUCCGUAUUUUUUCGUAUAAAAUGUCUCCACCUUUGCAGGCGAUGAAAAAGAAUAUCCCGUUGAAGGAGCUGUGUCGUGGCGCUCCAAACGGAUUUCUGAAGUUCGCCAAGCUCGUAUUCGCGACUCCAUUCGACACGUUCCCAAACUACCAAGCUCUCCAUCAAGCGUUGAGGUCGGCCCUCAUCUCUGAUCACGAAUAUGUCCGGAAAUACGACUGGGAAAUGGAUGGAAAGUAAGAUUUUUUCGGGGGUUCUCUGAUUUUCUCUCUUGGCUGGUAUAAUUGUUUUAUUUUCAGCGACAUCGACGCCAUGUCUGAAGACUGA